AUGCCAUCACAAACCCCAGCUCAGUCCGACGGGACCGACCUGAGGUCUUAUGGUCCGUACUCGGGAUGGAUAGACACUACCUACGAUGCUCUCCUUGUAUAUGAAGCCGCGUCCCGAGGUAUUAUUCCGCGGAUAACUCGCCGUCUCUCGGCGAACGAACGUGCACUCAUCGGGAGCGGCACAAUCUUCGUCUACGAUGAACGCGAAAGCGGAAUAAAGCGAUGGACCGAUGGAUAUACCUGGAGUCCGAGCAGAGCUCUCAACAAUUUCUUCCUUUACCGCGAAGUCCUGAGUCGUUCACCCAAUUCACCGACAAAAUCCAAAGCUUCCACACCAAAGGAUGAUUCUGGCCCAGAACCCAUCGACGAACAAUGCUGCUAUUCGGAUGAAGUGAGAAACUCUUUCGAACAGGAUAGAAUCCUCGAGAAGGCACUCGUUGGAAGCUUGCGAAGUAGCUAUCCUUUUAAAGUUGGAGGCCUGAUAAAGAAAACAAUUUCUUUCUGCGUCAAGGGUGUGGUUUCGCACCAUAUCGUUUCAUAUUACACGCUCGAAGACAUAAUCAACGGUCGCCUCAUCAGAGUGUCUGAUAUCCCAGAAGUCAGGCGCCUCCAGCCGUCGUCAAUCUACAUGGACAAUCUUGAUGUGCUCAACUUCCCUCCCAAGACGAUGAAGACGGAAGAGGGGGUCAUACGAUAUAUAGCCGAGGCAGACGACAUUGACAAAUCUCGUGCCGGAAGGCCGAAAGACCACCCUCAUAUUCGUGCAGAGGAGAGAGCCAGAGAGCAUAAUUUCGGUUUUGAGGGCGACCAGGAAGAUGCUUCCAGACUUCCUCCCCUUUUACCUACUCCUUAUCCGCGCUAUCACCCCUACUUUCGUCGCCAAUCCGACUCUUCUGCACCCUCCCCAGAGGAUGACGAACAAGGGUCGGAGGUCUCGCCGUAUUAUUAUUCUCGAGGAGCCGGUCCCUCGCGCAGACCCGGCGGUCAGGCGAAGGGUUACUCCAACUAUCCCUACCCGUAUGAUCCGUAUACUUAUCACCGCCAGUGGCAUCAACAAUAUGCUGCUCCAUACUAUGCACCAUAUCCGCCCGUUCCGUAUCCGUAUCCUUACCCCUAUCCACCAUAUUAUUCGGAUUCGCGUUACGGCCGCAAGGAGCACAUGCAGUCUAGGAGUCCUGGACGGUCGUCUGUCGAGAGGGUAGAGAGAGAUACACGGAGUGUUGCCGAGAAGGGCCUAGAACCUAAGCGCAAGCGAGGUGUUCCACUGGGGUCUGACUCGCCAACCACAGUUCACGCUGUCGAGAUAGCGAAUAUCUCGGAUGGCACGAGCAAUAACCUGUCUUCCUCUAUUGUCCGCCCUCCCAGGUCCAUGUCACCGUUGACGCCACCUGUUGUUGACGACGGCGUUUGA